AUGGUGAUGCAGCAAAUGGAGGCUGCUAGGGUAGUUGCGGAGGAUGCUCACAGGCAACAUAUGGAAGCUCUCCGACAGUUGGAAGAGAACAAGACGGCUGCAACCGCUUUCGCAGACCAAUGGCUGAAGGAUUUGGAGCGCAUCUUUGAUGCGAAGAUGUGCUCAACGGAGAACAGGCUGGCUUUCACAGUAUACAUGCUCACCGGGGAGGGAGGGAAGUUUGUAACAGAGUAUGCUGAGAAGUUCAAGCACCUCAGUCGCUUCUAUACACUGCCAUUUGAUGAAGAGUGGAGAUGCCACAAGUUCGAGAAUGGUCUUCGCGACGAUAUUCGCUUGAUGGUGGCCCCAUUAUCCAUCAAGGACUUUGCUGCUCUGGUGCAGAAGGCCAAGGUGAUGGAGAAGAUGAAGAACGAAGUGGAAGGUCAGCGCCCACAACAGCCACAAAGGAUUGGUAGACCAUUUGGGUCCAAGCCCAGACAUGAGGAGCGGAGGAGACCGUAUGACAGACCUCACCAUCAGUCUCAGGGGUCUAGGAGCCUUCCUCCCCAGCAAGGCCGAAUGCAGUGCUACACAUGUAGGGGCCCUCAUUUGCGGAGUGUCUGCCCACGCAUGGAAGGCUACCGUAGAUGCAACAAUUAUGGCAAGGAAGGCCACUUCGAGAAGGACUGUCCCACCCUUGCCAGGACAGCGGCACACCCUCCAGUACAAACUCCUACCCAGCACCAACAGAGGAACAAAGGCAACAAGCCUCAGGCGAUGGGUAGAGUCUACUCUAUGACAGAAGCAGAGGCUGCAGGCUCAGGUAACCUUGUUAUAGGUUAUUGUGUUAUGUUUGGGAUGAGAUGUUGUGUGUUGUAUGAUUCUGGAGCGACACACUCCUUUGUGUCAGAUGCUUGUGUGAAAAAGUUGGGUUUGUCGGUGUAG